AUGGCUAAUUGCAAAUUUGGUAGGACAGCAUUGGACUUCACGGGCUCCACAAUCUGCCGGGACAGGCGGCGGCUGCCGGCCGGAUUUGCUGCCUUCCCUGUCGGCCUCUCCCCCUUCACAGAGCCGCUGAGCUGGAGCUCUUGGCUGAAAGUAGGUCAAGGGGCGUGGCCGGGCAAUCCACCUACCUGCACGGCUGCUGGCUAUCCUGCAAUCUCUUUCUGCUCAGCUGUUGCUGAUUCUCUCAUCACGGCUGCAGUAUUUAGACCUGGUUGGAACCUGUCUUUGGCGCCAGAUCGUUACAGCUACCAAAGUGACCUACACCACUCGAACCUGUGCCUACGACUGCUGUGCCGUCAGCCUUUCGCUCCUCACACUUUUCAUCUCCUCGUUUGGAUCCCUCCUUCCAGCCCUCCUCCCGUCCCCGCGGAUGUGGUGGCAACUACCGUCCGGGAAACCCCUGUAACUUCGCCCGAGCCCUUCACUGGAGAACUAGAUAAGUGCUGGGGAUUUUUGCUUCAGUGUGCCUUAAUAUUCCAACAAAGACCGCUGUCUUUCACUACUGAAUCUUCCAAGGUACACUACACGUUAGGGUUGUUGAGAGGGAGAGCAUUGGCGUGGGCGGAGGCGGUCUGUACCAAUCAACAUUUAGCGGGUUUAACUUUUACUGAUUUUUCUUCUCCGUUGAAAACUGUUUUUGACCAUCCUGACCAUGCUGGUAAUUCCUCUCAGUGGCUGAUAAAUCUGAGACAGGGCACGGGCAGUGUGGCAGAUUACUCAGUGGACUUUUGGACUCUUGCUGCUGAUUCUAAGUGGGAUGAGGAAGCCUUACAAGUAGUUUUUGUCAAUCCGUAAAGGACGAACUAGCCACCAGAGAUGUACCACGUAACCUGUUUCAUCUUGUUUCCCUGGCUAUUACGUUGGAUAGCAGGUUACGGGAGAGGAGCGGCCAGUCACGCAAGCCUGGACGAGUGAUCGCACCCCUAGCUCCCCGCACCUCACCACCCCAGAGACGGUUCACUCCUCCAGGCUUGGUCACUACGCCCCGGGAGGAGCCCAUGCAACUGGGUCGUGCUCGGCUUUCCCCUUCUGAACGGUCGCUACGCCUCCAGGCUGGUGAGUGUGGGGACGCUUCCCACUUUCUGCUGUGCCCCCAGCCUUUCGCUCCUCACGCUUUUCAUCUCCUCGUUUGGAUCCCUGUGAGUUGUUUUUGGACACGCCACGCUCUGCCCACGCCGCUCCAGUCCUGUCUCCUCCACCAGCGCUGACUGUCUCAGGCUGCUGAGUUUGUUUAUGACAUUCAUUAAAGACAUUCUAAACAUUUUCCUCUGUGUGAUACUCCGUGUUCUGGGUCUUAGCCACAGCCAUAACAGAGACGGCACUGGUGAAAAUUACUAACGACCUUUUAACUGCUGCAAAG